UCAGUUCAGUACCAUGGUCAGCUCUCGGCGCUUACUCUCAGGAAGUGGCUAUUGUCAGUAUACGCUGUCAGUAAUAUUCGCUUCUGAAUCUAAAGAUUUGGGGGGGAACCUCAAGAAACAUCAACUACAAAUCCGUCUUAAAAUCCUCCUUUUCCGGUUAUCCUCCUUUAAAUCCGUUAUGGUAAACGGGGAGUUAAUCGAAGCAAAAACGUAAGCAGCAAAUAUUUAAUUCGGCGGAAGACUACUGGCUGUUGAGACAGGUUUUCCACUCUCAUUGAGGAGGACCAAGAACUUAGAUCAAAAUGUUGGAUCCAUCAUCGAGCGAGGAGGAGGCGGAUGAGGUUGUGGAAGAAGAGCUCAAAGUGGUGGCUGCGCCCAAGGCUGGUGGUCCUCGGGUGUCUCCAAGCAGGACCAGUGAAAGCUCUGGUGGGUUACAGCCAAGCCGAAGCACCAAUGCCCGUCCGACGAGCCCGAGCCCAUCGGUGGCGAUCGAGAAAGAAAAGGAUGACUUGGAAAAGAUGCAAAGGGAGGAAGAAGUGAGAAAGAAACGGCUACAGCUUUAUGUCUUUGUAAUGCGCUGUAUUGCCUAUCCAUUCAAUGCGAAGCAGCCGACUGACAUGGCGAGACGACAGCAAAAGAUCAGCAAGCAACAUCUUCAAACAGUGAAAGAUCGUUUCCAGGCUUUCUUGAAUGGCGAGACUCAGAUUGUAGCAGAUGAAGCCUUCAUCAAUGCUGUCCAAAGCUACUAUGAGGUGUUCCUCAAAAGUGACCGUGUGUCCCGCAUGGUCCAAAGUGGUGGUUGCUCGUCAAGCGACUCCCGAGAGGUCUUUAAGAAGCACAUUGAGAAGCGUGUCCGCAGCCUACCCGAGAUCGAUGGCUUGAGUAAAGAGACUGUCCUCAGCUCAUGGAUUGCCAAGUUUGAUACCAUUUACAGAGGAGAGGAAGACCCACGCAAGCACCAGCAACGCAUGACAGCCAGCGCUGCCUCCGAGCUCAUUCUCAGCAAGGAUCAACUAUAUGAGAUGUUCCAACAGAUUCUUGGCAUUAAGAAGUUCGAGCACCAGUUGCUGUACAAUGCUUGUCAGCUGGAUAAUCCAGAUGAACAAGCCGCACAGAUCAGAAGAGAGCUGGAUGGACGACUCCAAAUGGCUGAUCAGUUCACAAAAGCUGGCAGGUUCCCUAAGUUUGUGUCCAGGGACAUGGAGGCCAUGUACAUUGAGGAGCUGAGGUCAUCGGUAAACCUUCUGAUGGCCAACCUUGAGAGCAUGCCUGUCUCUAAAGGAGGAGAGUUCAAACUGCAAAAGCUUAAGAGAGGCCACAACACCUCCAUCAUUGACAUGGGCCAGGAGGAUGAGAAUCAGCUCUCCAAGUCUGAUGUGGUUCUGUCUUUUACUCUGGAGGUGGUGAUAAUGGAGGUACAGGGUCUUAAGUCUUUAGCACCAAACCGGAUUGUUUACUGCACCAUGGAGGUGGAAGGAGGGCAGAAACUCCAGACCGACCAGGCAGAGGCCUCCAAGCCAACCGGCCACUGGACUCUCUCUGCCUGCCAGCUUUGCCAUCUCAAGCGGCCUCUGGACUCUCUGGUGGUGGAUUCUGCCGUCGAUGCGGCUGUGGAACGUACUGACUGUCAGCUCUGCCGUCACAACGACCUCUGGAUGCCGGGUCUGCUAACCACUCUUCUGCCAUCUCCAGUGCUGACCAAGCCUGUCUGGAGAUCCGUCGUAGACAACGACACGUACCAAGGCAGCGGCCGACCGUCACCGAUCCUCUCCUCCUACCUAUGUGUGUGGUCAACGGGUUUGGCUCGCCACCAAGGACCUGCCUCUCAGGGCGCCAUCUCGCCAACUGGCACCCAGCCGACCAUCCCCCCAACACCAUGUCUUGUGGACGGCGCUCCUUCCUAUUCGGUCUGGAGACUUGACGUGCGUCGGCGGGGGUUUCAGUAUCUAGUGGACUGGGAGGGCUAUGGCGCAGAGGAGAGGACUUGGGUGCUGUCCCGGGACAUCUUGGACUGCUCGUUGAUCGUGGAUCUCCAUCGGAGACGAGGUGAGCCUCUGGGGGUGAUUCUGCCAUCGAUGCGGCUGUGGAACGUACUGACUGCCGGCUCUGCCGUCACAAUGACCUCUGGACGCCGGGUUGUACUACAUCCAACACCCAACAGUCCCAAACAAUGUGAGCUCCAUAAAAUGACUGUUACCAAAGGAUGCUCAGAUGACCUGAAGAUCAAACUGGCUGUCCGUAUGGACAAACCACAGAAUAUGAAGCAUUGUGGAUACCUUUGGGCCAUUGGGAAAAACCUGUGGAAAAGAUGGAAGAAGAGAUUCUUUGUGUUAGUGCAGGUGAGCCAGUAUACCUUUGCCAUGUGUAGCUACAGAGAAAAGAAAGCAGAACCUGUUGAACUUCUCCAACUGGACGGAUACACUGUGGAUUACACCGACCCUCAGCCAGGUCUGGAUGGCGGUCGGACAUUCUUCAAUGCUGUAAAGGAGGGAGAUACUGUGAUAUUUGCCAGCGACGACGAGCAAGAUCGAAUCUUGUGGGUUCAGGCAAUGUAUCGUGCCACGGGCCAGUCCCACAAACCCGUCCCCCCAACCCAGGUGCAGAAACUUAACGCCAAAUGAGGGACUGCACCACAGCUCGACGCCCCCAUCUCUCAGUUUUAUGCAGACCGAGCGCAGAAACAUGGAAUGGAUGAGUUCAUCUCCGCUAACCCCUGCAAUUUUGACCACGCUUCAAUGUUUGAGAUGGUUCAGCGGUUGACUCUGGACCACAGACUCAACGAUUCCUACUCCUGUUUGGGUUGGUUCAGUCCAGGCCAGGUGUUUGUAUUAGACGAGUACUGUGCCAGGUACGGAGUGCGGGGUUGUCACAGACACCUGUGCUACCUGAACGACCUGCUGGAGAGGGCCGAGAAAGGCUCCAUGAUCGACCCCACACUGCUACACUACAGCUAUGCCUUCUGCGCUUCUCACGUGCAUGGCAACAGGCCUGAUGGAAUCGGUACCGUCUCAGUAGAGGAGAAAGAACAUUUCGAGGAGAUCAAAGAACGACUGCGCGUGCUGCUCGAAAACCAGAUCACACACUUCAGGUAUUGCUUUCCAUUUGGACGUCCAGAAGGAGCCCUAAAAGCCACAUUGUCGCUUUUUGAAAGGGUACUGAUGAAAGACAUCGUGACACCUGUACCUCAGGAUGAGGUGAAGGCAGUGAUUCGAAGAUGUCUGGAACAGGCAGCUUUAGUUAAUUACCAGCGUCUAUCUGAAUAUGCCAAGGUGGAAGGGAAAAAGAGAGAAAUGUAUGAACAUCCUGUCUUCUGUUUGGCGUCACAAGUGAUGGAUUUAACCAUUCAAAAUGUAGGCCGCUUAGCAACACCUGCCAAAAAGCUGGAGGACACACUGCGGCUGGCUGAGCUGGUCAUAGAGGUGCUCCAGCAGAACGAGGAACAUCAUGCAGAGGCAUUUGCGUGGUGGUCAGAUCUGAUGGUUGAACAUGCCGAGACGUUCCUCUCUCUCUAUGCUGUGGACAUGGAUGCAGCACUGGAAGUUCAACCUCCAGACAGCUGGGACAGCUUCCCCCUUUUUCAACUUCUCAACGACUUCCUGCGCAUAGACUAUAAUCUGUGUAACGGGAAGUUCCACAAGCAUCUUCAAGACCUUUUUGCGCCUCUGGUUGUGAGGUACGUGGAUCUUAUGGAGUCCUCCAUAGCUCAGUCCAUACAUAGAGGAUUUGAACGAGAGUCUUGGGAACCCGUCAAGAGUUUAACAAGUAGUCUGCCCAGUGUCAACCUACCAAAUGUGAAUCUACAAAUGCCCAAAGUCCCAAAUCUACCAGUGUCAGUUAAUCUGCCAGCAAUGCAAAUGCCUAGCUUUACCACCCCCAACUGGAUCCCGGGUUUAUCUGAUACAGAUAAUGGUUCAGGAACCUCAGAAGAUUUGUUUUGGAAGCUGGAUGCUCUACAGACGUUCAUCAAAGACCUGCACUGGCCGGAAGAAGAGUUCGCAAAGCACCUGGAGAGUCGACUCAAACUCAUGUCUAGUGACAUGAUUGAGUCCUGUGUGAAAAGAACAAGAGUAGCCUUUGAGUUGAAGUUACAGAAGAGUCCUCGCACCACGGACUUCCGUGUCCCUCAGUCUAUAUGUACCAUGUUCAAUGUCAUGGUGGAUGCCAAAGCCCAGUCUGCCAAACUAUGUGCCAUGGAGCUCAGCCAAGAGAGACAAUAUCACUCGCAAAUUGACAAUCUCAUCGAGGAGACGGUGAAAGAAAUGACAACUUUACUUGUGGCAAAGUUUGUUGUAAUCCUAGAGAGCGUUUUGGCGAAAUUGUCACGUUACGAUGAGGGCACACUGUUUUCCUCCUUCCUGUCAUUUACAGUAAAAGCUGCUUCAAAAUAUGUGGAUGUACCUAAACCAGGGAUGGAUGUUGCAGACAGCUAUGUGACAUUUGCUCGCCAUUCUCAGGAUGUCUUGAGGGAUAAGGUCAAUGAGGAGAUGUAUACAGAAAGGUUAUUUGAUCAAUGGUACACCAGCACAAUGAAUCUCUUGGGCACCUGGCUAACAGACCGUAUGGACCUGCAGUUACAUCUGUAUCAGCUAAAAAUUCUCAUCAGAAUUGUAAAGAAAAAGUAUCGUGAUUUUCGACUACAAGGCGUGUUGGACUCUACCCUGAACAGCAAGAUGUAUGAGACAGUGAGAAACAGACUGAUUCUUGAAGAGGCUACAGCAUCUGUUAGAGAGGGAGGGAUGCAGGGAAUAUCCAUGAAAGACAGCGAUGAGGAAGAUGACUAGAUCCUUACCGAUACGGGACAAUUCAGACAGCCAUGUUUAUAGUGGCCUAUAUUGAUGCAUGUACACUUCUGUCCAUCACUUGUACAUGUCUGGAUGUUAACGUCAUGUUUAAUGACAAACAAGGGACCAACUUAAAUUAAAAUGAUAGAGCAAAAAUAUUGCGUUAUUGUGUUAAAUAUAUUUGUGUUAAAUAUAUUUAACACAAUUAAAAUCAGAUUAUAAAACAUAAUGUAAAAAUGGUAUAUUAACCUUAAGUUUUGUUAAAUUAAAAUGAAUUGACGCUGUUUGAUGUUCUUUGGGGAAAAGUAAAAAUGUCUCAAAUUCAUUACUAAAUGUUUUUAAGCAAUAUGAAGUAUCAUAGUAAACGAUGUUGUGUGAGAUGGUAAAAGAAUAAUGCUCGUUGUUUCCCUGUUUCAUGUAAAUCUGUUUGCUGCUUCUUAAACGUAUUGUAAAUACAUUAUGGGUACAUAACUGUGCAUAGACCUAUUGUUUCUAACAAAGUGUAGAAAAACUGACAUGACUUGUGUUGACUUGUUGAGAUGUUUAUUUAUUCAGUUUACUUCCACAACAAGUCAAUAAUCCACAAUGUGCUUUUUCACUCGAAAUGUUUAGGACACUUUUUAAUGAGUUAUAGGAGAGGUGACAUGUUUGUAGGAGUAGUUUAGAGAUACAAUAUAUUCCCAUAUCUUAUUUGAGUAAUACUUUAAUUGACGUCAGCAUUUUUAUGUUUUUAAGCCAUUUAUAAAUGAAAAAUAUAAAAAAUAUAUUUAUUCUGUAUAUGGAACAAACUGGCGAGAAAGUGAUUCGUUUGUACCCUUCAGUCUUAUUUUAAAACAUCCUUCUAAUUCAGAAGCCUCUAAACGCUUGCCAGUUUCCAUCAUUGACACUGUUGUUUUGUGUGUAGUAUAUUGCUUUCUAUUCCCCUCUGUGCAGUAGAUGCAUGUCCCAGUUGUCAGAAAACUUUUCCAAAAGCUUUUGAUUUUGUGGAAAGUAACUGGUGGAUUCAUAUUGCAUUUGCCUUAUGUACACCCACAGUUGAAAUGCAAGAAUCCAGGCUUACACAAAAUAAAAAAUAAACUCUUUGAAUCUCUUAUUUGUUCUUCAGGAAUUGUAAUAAUAAUAAAUAUCACAUGGUUGAAGUCAAGGCAAAGGUCCGUGAACAUCAUUCACAAAUCCGUGAAGAGGAAUUUCAAUAAAUCAUAAAUAUCUUUACAAGUAAUUGAAGUAACACAAUCUUCAUUGUUGAAGUAUUUUUAAACCUCAUAAUGCGGUACUUCAACUGAAACACACCACAAAAAAGAAAAGGAAAAAAUCAGAGAUUGAGAUUAACAUUUUGGGAUUAAGUCAUAGCUCAUCUUCAGUGAUGUUGCAAAACAGAAGAUUUAGCAAAGAUGACAUAGAGCAGUCCUGGGGCAGAUCUUCUGAACCAGAUUAAUGUUCUUCAUAAA